AUGUCAGCUAUUCAAGUGUUAAGAAGGAGAGAGGAAUCCUUACAUAUCUCAAUUAAACGAUUACACAUGCAAUGUAAAAGGUCAAAAACCCCUCAAAGUUCUCUACUAGACCCUAUGAUGAAAUUGAAUGCUGAGCUGACUUUAAUCUCAAGGGCUCUCGAGUUCAUAAUGGCAAGACAUAUGCUAAUGUACAAUAAUUUAAACUCUACGACAGAUGCAGAAGCAGCAGUAACUCGACUUUUUGAAAAUUUAGACCUUCUGAAUGCAUACAAAAGUGUUUUAUCAGCUGCGAUGAAUUUAAUAUUAGACCCUGAGCUUCCCAUAUUCCGUUCCACAUCAGAAGCAGACUUUCUAACUCAAUUUUUUGGAAUUUACACAUAUCUGGCAGAGACCAAUGAAUGCUACAUCCUUCAAUCGACGAAUUUACAAACACUUUUGCAUUCGUUCGAGUGCCAAUUCAAGUCCAAUUAUAAUCUUUCCAAUUGUAACAUUAUUAAAUUUGAUCAAGUGCAAGAUUUGCUAUCAUACUCUCAUGCUGUAAUAUCACCACCAUUAAUUGAUUUUUCACUCGUAGUUAAUCGUUCCUAUUUCAAGCUAGAUUUACCAAAAUUCCAAUAUAAGGAUCUCCUGAUAGAAAUUCUAGAAUUCUCAACUGGUGAAAUAGCCCUAUUAAAGAUAAAUUCAGGUGAGCUACCCUAUUCUCUCACUGUAACAGAGCAUUUGUUGGAGAACUUAGGUGAUGGUAACUGGAAGUUAUUGAAUCUUGGAAGAACUUUACUCUUCUCAACAAUUAGAGAAUCAGAUUUGGGUAUUAUUGGGUUCAUUGACUCUGGUAUUGAAUUAAGGACACUAACUGGUAAUAAUGUUAACUUAAAAUUAGUGUGUGUUGACAUGAUUCAAUGGGAAACUUAUUGGAAACUUUGUUUUCAUAGACUCUUCGAUCCAAACUAUAUACCGCCUUUGGCCUCCCAAGGAACGAGGUCAGUUUUAACCAAAUCUAGAGGAUAUAACAGUUUUAAAGAAAAGCUUGAUAAGCUAAAUACAAUUAGACCAAGUGAGACUACCGGUAUUGCACUCGAACUAAAAUCUCAAUCAUCUACUGAAUCGAUUACUUCUGUACCAAGCAACUCCAAUAGAGGAUUUUCACUUCAUAAAUCAAGACCAUUACAAAGUCCACUCUCUUCGUUGACUACAAUUGCACAUGAGAAUAGUGGGGAACCAUCUUUGAUGUCGAACUCUAACAUUAGUAUUCCUGAAAGUCUGAACCAUAAGAUGUCUAUUACUUCGUUGAAAACAAUGGAAUCGUUAGAUUACAAUGAAUUAUUAGUGUUAGACAAAUCUCUAGAGGUUGAAAUAUCACCCGAGUUAACUCAAAGAUCUCCAGGCAUCGAAGAAUUCAAUUUUGUCUCUCAAGAUUUUGCCAUGGGGGAGGUCGCUACAACUCUAAGCAGAAAUAUUGUUGAAGGCGAUUUAGAAAGUAUACUGUCGGAGGACAGUAAUUGUAAUCAAGACCAUGAUCAUAGUGAUGGGGAGGACGAUGAUACUGAAAGCAGUUUUAAUCCAACAGCAGAUACUUACAAGCCUUCCCUUUAUCGUCGAAAAUCCACCUCGCUACUGAGUUUAUUUAGUUCCAAGAAUAAAAAGAAUCUAACACUUGAUACAUCUAAUUCAAACACAAGCUCGCUUACCACUUUCACUGAUACACCGACUCUGAGCACUCCGUCAUCAGCAAGAUCAUUGCGUUUCUAUAAGGCUGAAAAGGAAUUCUUAUCAACGUCUUCCAUUAUUUCAGUAGAUGACUUUGUGCCAUUAUUUGAAUGUGACAGUGCUAAGGUUUCAUCAUGGAACGGUAAACUUUGGGAAAUUUUAAGAAAGGAGAAUCUCUAUCUGACUAUUUUAAGAUCAAGAAAGAGUAACAAAGCCAUACUUAUAAUUCACCAAGAUGCCAGUCGAAAUGAAUGUCAAUUAGUUGCAAAGAUUACGACAGGUUGGAGAUGUGAUAAGUCGACAGCUCGGGAUAUUCAAAUCAAGAUUCCCGAGGCAGAUAUUCUUUCGAGUGUUUUUACAGAAAGGCAACCUUUGUUGACCAUCCGUUACACACAAACAGAUCGCUUGCUGAAUAUUUUAGAUCAUUGUAGAAAUGGUAACUUACCGGCUAUAAUAUCUAAUUCAAGUACAAUUAGAACUCUUUCAUCAACAGAAUCUUCUGUUUUAAGUGAACAAACUUCUGGGACACCCACUCACCAGACCGAUCUAAAGCAAUUGAAAUCAGAAAAGGACUCUCAAGUUAAUUCGCUUUUACUCUUGACGAAUGUGAAGAUAAAGCAUCACGUUCGUGUGGACAAAAUAUGGGAGGUAAACGAAGUAGGAUAUGCGAAUAUAUACUCUCAAGAAUAUAAAGGUGCAAGAGUUGCUGCUAAAUUCGAAAUAUUGUCGAAAGUAGGCGUAAACAAAACAUCUAGUGAAUUAAUAGGCCGUUUGGGUGGUAUAAAGAGACUGGGGAGAACCGGUCUUUAUUUCAUUGACACGAAGGGGGAGCACCAAUUACUGGAAUUCACAAACAUGGCUUUGGCUGACCAUGUCUACAAGCUGGUAUUGCCUGAGCAAUUUUAG